CCGACCACCACUGCACUGGCUGCCGCGCCGCCCGACGUGUCUGGUUGUUCAGCAGACUGCAAGUUCGGUGAAGUUGUUUUGAGGGAAAAGUUUUUUACUUGGCGCGACACCUGCGACCUUCCGUGAUGUUCCGCAGAAACGCUUGUUGGUUCAUCCGCAUUUUUGUGGCGGUGGUCAUAUGUAGUGGCUACAGUCGCCCAGAUUCCGUUACAGAAUCGCUGACAGUGGGACUCGUUCAGGAGGCUGAGGAGGCCACGGCCAUGGAUCUCGGAGCCCUGAUGGACGCCGGAGACGACGCUGUGGUGACUCUGCUGGCUGGGGACACGCGGCUUGUGGCUCAUAGGGCUGUCUUGGCCGCCAGGAGUCCCGUGUUUGCGGACAUGUUCCGUCGCGUCACCUUAGAGGCUAGCAGCAGCCAGCUCGUACUCUCGGACACAGAGGGUCCUGUGCUGCGCCAGGUGCUGGCAUACCUCUACACCCUGCAGGUGCCCCAGCUGCCCAGCAUGGCCCCAAAGCUGCUGGUCGCCGCCGACGUAUACGGCCUGUCGGUACUGAAAGCGCACUGUGAGCAACAGGUGGUCGCCCAGCUGUCUGUCGAGACUGCGGCAGCUGCAGCUGUUAUCGCGAUUAGGCAUUCCGCCAACAGGCUGAAGCAGGCCGCCGUCGCCUUCAUAAAGGCCCACUUGCUCCGUGUGAUGGCGACGCAGGGCUGGGCUGAGACUGUAGUCAACGACCCACAAACAGUUGUGGAGUUGGCUCGCCUGAUUGCAGAGACACCGACAGACACCAGCACGCCAAGCGCCGGAGAGAGCAGGACCGGCGCCUCCUCGCAGCCGCACAGUGGCCACAGCGACGACGGCCGGAGCCCAGCCACAGCUGCGCCCCCCACCUCUCCCCAGGCCACUCCACAGCCUGAUGACGCCGCCGUCUCUCGCCUGCGGUAUCUUUCUGGAGAAGAGAAGGGCAAGGUUCUGGUUGCGGCAGCUAAGGAGGGGUCAGUGAGCAAGGUGCGAACGUUACUGGCAGUGGGGGCGGACGUGGAGGCGAUGGACGAGAACCAGCAGAACGCACUGCACUGGGCAGCAGCCGGAGGACACGCGGAGGUGGUGAGGCGUCUGCUGGAGGAAGGAGCUGACGUCAACGCCAGGGACCGAUGGCGGAACACGCCUCUGCAUCAGGCUGCAUGGAAUGACAAUGCGACUGUGGUGCGGCUGCUGGCGGCAUUCUCUGCCGACUGCAACGCCAGGGAUCACACUGGGAACACCCCACUGCAUGAUGCGGCACAGCGUGGCUACCCAGACGUGGCGACUGCGCUACUGGAGGCAGGGGCCGACAGGGAAGUCAGGAAUGACAAUGGGGACACACCGCUGGAUCUAGCCGAGAGGAACAACCACCAGUGUCUCAUAGAUAUCCUAGGAUCAAGCUAAAUAUAGUGCAAACGACUCUGGAGUAAAAUAAAAAAAGCCUUCUAUGGGAUCUUUGUUACUUAUAAAAUAAAGAAUACAGAAAAGUUUAUCCUCCAGUCUUGGUUUGCACCCUAAUUUACAUAGUACAUACAACGACGCAAGUACCAUAACACCAAGAGUGUUUAUGGACUACCAUAAGUUCAAAGAGGGACUCUCCUUUUGCUGAAAAUUCAAAACAAACUGA